GCUCCCGGGCAUGUUCUCCGUGUUUUCCUACGGAAGACUGGUGGCCAGGGCGGUGUUGGGGGGACUUUCCCAGACUGAUUCUCGGGAUUAUAGUCUGGUGACAGCCAGCUGCGGCUUUGGGAAGGACUUCAGGAAAGGGAUUUUAAAGAAAGGAAUGUGCUACGGUGACGACGCGUGCUUCAUAGCCAAACACCGAAGUGCCGACGUUUUGGGAGUCGCAGAUGGGGUUGGAGGUUGGAGAGAUUAUGGAGUAGAUCCUUCCCAAUUCUCGGGGACCCUGAUGCGAACAUGUGAGCGCUUGGUACGGGAAGGGCGCUUUGCACCAUCUAAUCCUGUAGGAAUCCUUACUGCAAGCUAUUGUGAAUUAUUACAAAAUAAAGUCCCUUUGCUAGGAAGUAGUACCGCUUGUUUAGUUGUUCUGGACCGAAGAAGCCAUCAGUUGCACACAGCAAACCUAGGGGAUUCUGGGUUUCUGGUAGUCCGGGGAGGUGAAGUGGUUCACCGGUCAGACGAGCAACAACAUUAUUUUAACACCCCUUUCCAAUUGUCAAUACCGCCACCUGAAGCCGAAGGUGUAGUUCUGAGUGACAGCCCUGAUGUUGCUGACAGCACUUCCAUUGAUGUCCAAAUAGGAGAUAUCAUCUUGACAGCAACAGAUGGAUUAUUUGAUAACAUGCCUGACUACAUGAUUUUGCAAGAGCUAAAGAAGCUAAAGAAAACUAACUAUGAAAGCAUACAGCAAACAGCAAGAAGCAUUGCAGAACAGGCUCAUGAACUAGCAUAUGAUCCAAACUACAUGUCACCAUUUGCACAAUUUGCUUGUGAUAAUGGAUUGAAUGUACGAGGGGGUAAACCAGAUGACAUCACUGUUCUACUGUCAAUAGUAGCAGAAUAUACAGACUAACUGCAUCAUUUUACCUGAAAAUUCAAAUUCCACUGUUUCCUGCUGGCAGGACUUCAUUUCCUCGAUGAUAACUUCUCAAUAGGCUGGCCAUUCUCACUGUACAAUUUUUCCUUCGUUCAAGCAAAAGCUUGACACUACAAAACAAGCCCUAAAGUCAGCAAGAGAUUCUAAAUGAUCUUAAAUGAGCUUGAAUACAGGGAAAAAAUAAACCUCUUCCAGCAGUACUUUGCUAGGGCAGUAGUUCAGAAAGGAUAAUGGCCUGUCACAUGAUGCUUGGUUUGUAACAGUACUGUAGUCCAAUAAUUUGCCAAUUAUUUGAUUGGAUGGCACAUAAACCAAUAGGCAUCGGCACUACUGCUUUAAAAUACAGGCGACCCCCACAUUGUGGGUUUUCAGGUAACAGAAAUUCACCCUUACAGAAUUAAUUACUGAAAUUUGAGAUACAGGAUAAAAUGUGCUUGGAAUUGAUGGAAGGGAGGGAAGGAGGGGAACGAGCAAGGAAAUGCACUUAGUUUUGCAACUUGAAUUUCUUGACACAGCUUCAUAAUAUGGACUAUUUUCUAGGAAAGCAAUCCUCAUAAUGGGGUCGCCUGUAUUCAAUGUUCAGAAUUGCGUUCUGAUAAAAGUUGAAAAUUGAGGAUCGUUGUUGAUGGCACAUGACGUAAUAUUAAAAUCCUUCACCCGCCCACUGAACAACAUGGAUGUUUAACUUUAUUAAUUGCCUCAAAUAGUUGAGAUUAAUUAUGCUAAUAGCUGGAUGCAGAAAACUAUUUUGAUGGAUUAGCAUAAUUGUUCUGGUUUUGUGUAGAGAACAAUUGGCUAUAAAAUGUUGUAGCAUGCAGCCCAUGGAGAGAUUAAAGCCAUGAAGCCAUUUCUAACUACAUAGUAAAUCAGGUAAUUUUUGAGAAAGAUAUGGCCAGUGUAUUUUGUUUUAUUUUCCUAUAUGGGGGUUAUGUUUCAUUAUGUAUGCUGUACAUAGUAUGACUUAAUUUAUUUACAUGUACCAUGUACAUGUCAAUUUCCUAUUUAAACAUGCUUGUAACAGGCAUUUUUUUUUGUUAGUCACAUAAACUAGAAUACUUUAUACUCCUUCCUUGGUUUUGCACAUUGCUUGCAUUUAUGGAUCUGAGUUCCAAUUAUGUUUUUUUUUAGAUUUUGGUUGUCUGAAUGCUUUGGAACCUUUUUAAAACUCAGUAUUUUGGUGGACAGCAGAUACUUAAACCUUUUUGUCCACUUAUGGUUAUAUUGCACCACAAAUUAUUCAAGAAACGUUUUUAUCAAAAUGUGCUAAUUUUAGGAAGGGUGUUGGUUUGUUACUACAUUUUUUGCUUAUUCGAUGAUAUUGGAGUGGACAAAUAUAUUUAUCCAGAUUGAAAAAUUAAACCGAUCUAGAAGCAGACAUCUUUGUAACUAUCUAAAAUUUUGGGGGGAAAUGGAGCUCCACCCAAAGAAAAGUUGUCCUUUAUAAAAUUGGAUUUGACAGUUUACAAAAUGUCUUAAAUUUCCAUUCAAGCCAGAAUAGAGCACCAAAACUAUUUAGUAACAGUCUUCCUUUAAUCCUACUUUCAAUUUUGUCUAUGGAGUUGCAUGCUCUGCACUGAAUUUCAUUUUGAACUUUCCUGACUGCAUAAUACAAAUUUGUGUAGAUUUUUACACAAUACAAAAAUAAAGGUAGCAACAUUCCACGUUAUGAGUUGUUUAUGCAUCUUUGUAGGUUAUGCACAUUUUCCACUUUCUUGGUAAAAAAAUAUGUAAUGUUGACAACAUGAGGCCUUACAUUUUACCAAAAAGAAUAAUUUGGGGUUGAAGGAGGUGGUGGCUGUGUGACAGACUCUUCCACGUGGCAAAAAUAAGCUUUAGUUCCAAUUUUAUUUAAAUGGGUAUUUUUGUAUGAAGUGAUCCAGUAAAAGACUUUUUGUAAAGGUGAAGAUUAAAAAAAACCUGUUUGCCACACUUGAAUGCUGGAUAAUCGCAAACUAAAAUUGUAUUAUUCCUAGUGGGAAAUAAACUUUCAUAUGGUCACAAGUACACACCAAAGACCAGAAUGCAUUUUUCUUCCCCUACACAGAAACUAGUUUUUAAGCAAUACUGUACUGAAACAUUACACAAUACCUGCUUUGGGCUAGAGUUUUAAUUUUAGAGUAUGUUCUAUAAUGCACUACUGUAUGUGUAGGAGAUAGUGCUCAACUGAAGCCAUCUCUUUUUAAACAAAAAAAUUGCGCACAAAAUAAUUGGACAGUUAUGUUUACAGGCCUUUGACAAUAUUUUUCAAGGCAAGCUAACUUUAAUUCUCACAAUUGUUGAAAUUGGGAAAAUUCAUUGUCCUUCAAGUUAGUUUGUUUUGGACUAAACGGAAUUUUAAUUGGUGUGUGUGGAAAAGUAUAUAACUUGGUGAAAGGGUAUAUUCCCUCCCAAUGAAGGGUGAUGUUUUUACUCAUCGAAGUAACUAACUAUUGUAUGCUUCAACUGUAACGUAAAUAUAAAUGCAGGAAUAAUUGUGUACAUGUUGAAAAGCUGUACAAUUAGUUAAUAAAAUAUUGUAUCUAA